GUUGUCGGGAUGUAGGUGGUGUCUGUCUCAAGGGUACAGCUGCUUCUCUCUCUGAGCUUUACACCACAUUCAUAGUCGAGUUCUCUGACGAAUUGGCCCAAGAUGGUGACAGCAGCUCUCAACCAGGGCGUCGGCUACGGCAUCGUCCUCGGCGUGGGCUUCCUCUUCGCCAUUGGCAUGAUUGCCACGACCUAUGUACUCAAGCGCUACAACCGGGAGCUGCAGACUUCCGAAAUGUUCACGACCGCCGGCAGAACAGUCAAAUCCGGUCUCGUUGGUUCCGCAGUCGUCUCUUCAUGGACAUGGGCUGCGACGCUGCUCCAGUCUUCUGGCGUGUGCUACCGGUACGGCGUCUCAGGUCCGUUCUGGUACGCCUCGGGCGCGACUGUCCAGAUUCUGCUCUUUGCGACUCUCGCCAUUGAGCUUAAGCGCAGAGCACCCAACGCCCACACGUUCCUCGAAGUCAUCAAGGCCAGAUACGGCACGGCUACGCACAUCGUCUUCAUUGUCUUUGGUCUCAUGACGAACAUUUUGGUUACGUUGAUGUUGAUUGUGGGUGGUGCGGCAACCGUCAAUGCCUUGACUGGCAUGAACACUGUCGCUGCUAUCUACCUGCUACCCGUCGGAGUCGUUGCUUAUACCCUCGUCGGAGGUCUCAAGGCCACCUUCCUCACCGAUUGGGUUCACACGUUCAUCCUGCUCAUCAUCAUCAUUCUCUUCUCGUUGACGACUUACGCCAACUCCGAUGUUCUCGGCAGCCCUUCCAAGGUCUACGAUCUUCUCGUUGAAGCUGCCCUGAGACACCCCGUCUCUGGUAACGCUGAGGGCUCCUACUUGACGAUGAGAUCGCAGGGUGGUGUCGAGUUCUUUGUUAUCAACAUUGUCGGCAACUUUGGAACCGUCUUCCUGGACAACGGCUACUACAACAAGGCCAUCGCCGCGUCGCCAGUCCACGCUCUCCCGGGCUACAUCCUCGGCGGUCUCUCCUGGUUCGCCAUCCCCUGGCUGACGGCAACCACCAUGGGCCUCUCCGCCCUCGCCCUCGAGUCGAACCCCCGGUUCCCCACCUUCCCGGCCCGCAUGACCGAGGCAGAGGUAUCCGCCGGCCUCGCCCUCCCCUACGCUGCCGUCGCCCUCCUGGGCAAGGGCGGCGCCGUCGCGACCCUUCUCAUGAUCUUCAUGGCCGUCACCUCCGCCUCCUCGGCCGAGCUCAUCGCCGUCUCUUCCAUCUUCACCUACGAUAUCUACCGAACGUACUUCAAGCCCGACGCCAGCGGCAAGAGGCUCAUCUACAUGUCCCACGUAUGCGUCGUCGUGUACGCCAUCAUCAUCAGCUCCAUCUCCGUCGGCCUCUUCUACAACGGUAUCUCCAUGGGCUACCUCUACGUGCUGAUGGGCGUCCUCAUCUCUGCGGCCGUGCUCCCGGCAACACUGACUCUGGUCUGGAAGGGCCAGAAUAAGUGGGCCGCGACGCUCUCCCCCAUUGUCGGCACCGCCAUGGCCAUCAUCGGCUGGCUCGUCACAGCCAAGAAGACCUGCGGCGUUCUGGACGUCACUUGCACUGGCUCCAACAGCCCCAUGCUGGCGGGCAACGUCAUUGCCCUGCUUUCGCCCAUCGUCUUGAUCCCCAUCUGCACCUUGGCCUUUGGCGUGGACAGCUACGACUGGAAGUCGAUGAUGGCGAUCCGCAGAGGCGACGACCACGAGCUGGCCAACGCCGCCGGACUCGAUAUCGAGGAUGUACCCGGCAACACGGAUUCGCAGACCGAGUUCGAGAGGGAGCAGGUGAUGCUCUCGCGUGCCUUUAAGAUUUCCGUCUCCAUGACGGCUUUCAUGACCAUCGCCAUGCUCAUCCUCUGGCCGAUGCCCAUGUACGGCUCCGGCUACAUCUUCAGCAAGCCUUUCUUCACCGGCUGGGUCGUCGUCGGCAUCCUUUGGAUCUUCUGCUCCUUCUUCGCCGUCGGCCUCUUCCCCAUCUACGAGGGCCGCGGUACCCUCGUUCACACCUUCAAGUCCAUGCUCACGGGCAAGAAGCCGACGCGCCUGCCCAUCGUCACUGAGGGCGAGGAUGACAGCAACGAGAAGACUAGCCCUGGCACCGCUACGCCGGAGAAGACUGGCGAGACGAAGGAGACGAUCCCUUCCUGAUUUUGUGAAA